AUGGAGGAGACAACCACAGUGAUCAUAGUUGGGGCAGGCCCAGCUGGUCUGGCCACUUCAGCCUGUCUCAACAUGUUCUCAAUUCCAAACAUUGUCCUAGAAAGGGAAGAUUGCUGUGCCUCCCUGUGGAGGAAAAGAGCCUAUGAUCGUCUGAAAUUGCACUUGGCUAAACGAUUUUGUCAACUCCCACACAUGGGUUUCCCACCAAAUUCCCCAAAAUUUGUCCCAAGGAAUGAUUUCAUCGAGUAUUUGGACUCUUAUGUGUCCAAGUUUGAGAUAAAUCCUAGGUACAUGAGGCAAGUGGAGGAGGCAAUCCAUGAUGGGGAGAAAUGGAGGGUGAGGGUUAAGGAUUUGGGUAGGGAUGAAUCUGAGGAAGUGUAUUGUGGGAAGUAUCUUGUGGUUGCAACAGGUGAAAACAGUGAAGCGAUCAUCCCCAAAUCCCCUGGACUGGAAGGCUUCAAGGGAGAGGUCAUGCAUUCGAAUCAAUACCACAAUGGGGAGAGGUUUGAAGGGAAGGAUGUUCUGGUUGUGGGUUGUGGGAAUUCCGGGAUGGAGAUAGCCUAUGACUUGUCGAAUUGGGGUGCCAAAACCUCGAUUGUCGUUCAUAUACUUAGCAAAGGAAUUGUCUACAAAGCUAUGCGUCUCCUUCCCUACUUGCCGGUUAACAUUGUUGAUCGUCUAAUUGUCGGUAUGGCAAAGCUAAAAUUCGGGGACCUAUCGAAGUUUGGGAUCGAGCAACCCAAAUUAGGUCCGUUUACUCUGAAAGGCAAAACGGGACGGACCCCAACCAUUGAUACUGGCACUGUAGGAAGGAUCAAGGCAGGAGAAAUUAAGGUGGUGCCAGCAAUUACAGGGAUUACUGGGGAUCACGAUGUCAAGUUUGCCGAUGGGAAGACUGAGCACUUCGAUGCCAUCAUUUUUGCUACUGGGUACAGGAGUACUGUCCGACGUUGGCUUAAGGAUGGUGACAAGCUAUUCAAUGAAGAUGGGAUGCCAGCAAGAAGAUUCCCAAAGCACUGGAAAGGGAAGAAUGGGGUUUACUGUGUGGGAUUUGGGCAGAAGGGGCUGGCUGGAAUCUCCAUGGAUGCGAUUCAAGUGGCUGGUGACAUUAGGACGUUAAUAUUGCAUGAGCUAUUGCACUAAUUCUAGGGGAAUGGGGUUGUGACAUUGAGUGUGUUUGUUGUCCAAGGUUGUGAGUUGUGAUCCGGUUUCGUUAUGUAUCAAGUUUGUUUGUGUCGUUAAGUUUGGG